CACAGCACUGAACAUAUUAAAGUGUACCUGUGGGUUGUCGCGUUACAGUAGUCAGUCAGUAAACAGAGUGAUAGCGAUGAGGAAUAAUGAAUAGGGAUGAAUAGGGAUGAAUGAAGGCAGAUAAGAUAACCUGAAUGUCCGCGUACACAGCCACCGAUGGGAGACAAGGACGCAGGACUAUAAGGCGUUGGUACUAGUGCUCCUUGACUCAAAGAGGCAGCAGAACAGAAGGAUGAGCUCAGUGCAGAGACAGCUGAGUCAGCUGCUGGGAGCAUGGAGGUGGAAGAGGAGGGCGGAGUAUUCUCUCUACUCCGCCACUGGAAUUCACUGCAGGAGCUUCUGCUCCCCCCCUUCAGGACCAGGUGCUCAACUCGAAGAAGCCAUAGAGAUCCACAAGAAGAAGCUCUUCCUGUGGUUCAGCCACCUUCCUCAGGAGGAGAAACAGUUUGGAGGCUACUUCAGCCCGGAGACCAUGCAUGUGGACCCGCUGAUCCUGGAAAGAAAUGCAGAGGAGAAGGCAGGACUGCUCACUUCCCCUCUCCAAACCCAGACCCCCUCCAGCGGCCAUGUGACCGUAGAGCAGCUGUUUGAAACCACCGAUGCCUGGAGUGAGGGCCGGGGCCUCAACGUGCUGCUGUACGGGGCCGUGGGAACCGGGAAAAGUACCGUGGUGCGAAAGCUGGUGCUGGAUUGGUGCGCUGGUACCACCCUGACUCACUUCAAGCUGCUGGUUCCUUUCUCUUGUGAGGACCUGGGCCAACUGUCAAAGGCGGUCUCCUUGAGGGACCUUGUGGGCAGGAAGUACCUCCACCUAAAAAAACACCCCCUGCUGAGCGGGGAGGGAAACCAGGCCAGGGAUGUACUCUUCCUCUUCAAUGGGAUGGAGAAGAUGAAACUGGACUUCCGGAUUGGAGCCACGGAGCUUUGCAGUGACCCCAAUGAGGUGCUGCCUCCAGGUGUAGUGGUGGUCAACCUGCUGAGGAAGUACCUCCUGCCUGAGGCCAGCGUCUUGGUUACCACCAGACUGUCUGCUCUGGACCGUAUCCCUCAGAAGUAUGUGACUCGCUAUGCCCAGAUUUGUGGCUUUAAUGAUCCGGACCGCCAGCGAGCUUACUUCACCAGCCGCCUGAUGCAGCAGACUGGAGAAACUACACAUAACAAUGAGGCCCAUGGUCUGGUAGAGCUACUCUACCUCAACCUUCAGAGAGAGAGCCAGCUGGCUGCAGCCUGCUUCCUCCCGUCCUACUGCUGGCUCACAUGUGCCACCUUACACUUCCUCCAUUUCACAGACGCCAAGGCACCCAUCCGCACACUGACCGGCAUCUACACCAGUUUCCUCAGACUCAACUUUGGAGGGGAGGUGCUUGGCACAGGGACAGGGACAAAUGUGGCCAAUCAGGGGCAGCACAAUUCUCUGAUGUUGUAUGUAGUCCGUACAGUCGGGAAACUUGCGUUUGACGGCGUGACGAACAAACGCACGUCAUUCUCAGAAGAGGAACUGGAGCAGUGGAUAGGAGGGAAGACCAAGACGGAUGAGGAGCUCCGUCAGCUGGCCAUGUUCCGGACUGAUGUGCUCGACUUCUUCUUGGCUCCCUGUGUAGAAAGCUUCAAGCAUUUACCAGAAGACCCCAGUAAGGUUGAUCAGAGGCGGUAUGUUUUUGCUGUCCCGGCCAUGCAGGAGUACCUGGCAGCUCUCUACGUCGUUCUAGGAGAGAACAAAUCUGCUCUGGAGAAGAUGACCAAGCAGGUGUCUGUGGCCAUUGGUCAAGCCAGUGAGGACGUCAGUGCCAUCUUUAACAUCCUCUCUAAGUUCAUUCCCCUCCGGAUAUUCGCUGUUUUCAACCUCCUUAAGCUUUUUCCAAAGCUCUACGAGAAGAUCAGCAUUAAAAACCAAGGCCGCAUCGCCAGAACCAUGACUGCCGAGAUGUUCCGCACCGAGGAUCGCUACAACGAGGACGUACUGGAUCAGGUGGAGCAAAGCCUCCUGGGAGUCCAUGGCCCAGAGCCCCAGCAGAUCAGUGAGGCCCAGCCUUUUGAGCUCUACCCUAUCUUCAUGGGGGGGCUGUUGCAUUACGGUAACCGUGUCCUUCUCCAGCAACUCGGCUGCAGCAUUCAGAGCACCACUGUGGCCCAGAUCACUCAUGCCCUCAGGAAGUACCUUGUCAAAGAGCUGAGCCAGCCUCAGCCCCCAGAAGAGCUGAUGGAUCUGCUGCUCCUCCUCUAUGAGUUCCAGAACCCCAGACUGACCGCAGAGGUUUUGGCCUCGAUCAGAAGCAUCCGCCUCACCAACGUCCGUAUGACCUCACUCAAGUGCUUUGUCCUGAGCUCUGUGCUGUCGUGCACUCCUGCCAGUUAUCGCCUUGAAGAGCUGGACCUGUCCUCCUGCCUGCUGACUCAGCACAUGCUUCCGAUGCUGUGGCCUGCCUUCAGACACACAUUCAAACUCAAUUUGCAGUUUAACAGCCUGGGUCCUGAGUCCUGCAUCCUCCUCAGGGAUCUGCUUCUAGACCCCGAGAGCUGUAUUAGAUCUCUACAACUGUGUGACAACACUCUGCUGGAGUCUGGAGCCAGCACUCUGCUGGAGGCCUUCCCAGAGAACCAGUCCCUGACGCACCUGUCCCUGAUGCACACCGGGCUGGGGGACCGGGGGGCCCAAGAGCUGGCUGAGAGGCUCCAGCAGCACAAGGGCCUCCAGGAACUCAACGUGGCCUACAACAACAUCGGAGACAGGGCUGCCAUGACUCUGGUGGACGCCUGCAGGGAGCACCCCAGCAUCCACACUGUGCACUUGUACCUGAACCCUCUCACUGACGUGGGGAAGCAGUCGCUGUAUGUCCGAGGAGAUCCCAAGAGCCACACCGGCCGGAGGGUGAAGGUCCUGGCUUCAGUCACCGAGGGCUCAGACCUCUGCGAGGACUGGCACCCCAUCCUAAGCGUGAUCCAGAAGAACAUCUCCUCCUGGGACCGCCAACGAGUCAAGGAGCAGCUGAAGGUGUUCCUCAGGGACCUGGAGUGGGGCCGUCAGCAGCAGCAGAGCUUCUGGAAGAGGCUGCACUUCCGCAGGGUGGAGAAGGGUGUCCGGCAGACUCUACGGAUGCUGGAGAAGGACACUAUACCUCCAUCCUCAGGAAAAAGCUCCACCAGGAGGUGAAACGGGCUACAUCUUCAUAACUGUAAAGAGCUGACUGCAUUCAACAGUUUACCAAGCAUCUCAAAGAGACUUUGUUUUAUCACUUUGUCAGAGAUGUUUUAAUCCUAACAGAGAAUGCAGUCAGGACACUCACAGCGAGCUUUUUGCCAAUAAUUGCAGCAAAAUGCAUUUUGGCGGUGUAAUACUGCUUUUGUAAUGCUAUGGAACAAAAAUGAGCAGCGUGACACUGACUAUUCAGGUACAUUUAAUGAACACGAACACAUAUGAUAGACUUUCUGAUGUACAUACAACUACAUGAUAACACAAGAGGAGGCUGGGGAGGCAGAUGGAGUUACAUUUAUUUGGUUUUUAAAGGUCCCCUAUUAUACUUUUGCGUAAUAGGUGACCUUUUUAAAGAAUUUCAACAGGUAUCAUCUGAUAUGUUUUCCUCUCAAACUGAAGCAGAUUGUUUGUGAAAUGCUAAUAUGCUGAGUAUAAGUUACAAGUCAGUCUUUAUGGGUAAAAUAACAAGGCUGCUGCAGUGAUUUUGUAAUCAGGUCCAUUACGAUGGGAGACUGACGAGUGAUUUCAUCUUGGUGUCUCCCUAAUAUGUUCCUGAAUCGGAGUCACAUGCAGCCACAUCUGUGCAAAGCAUUAUAUAACUUUUAAAAUAUAUUUAUUGAGCUAACAAAGUGUACCUUCAUGUUUUCCCUUAGACUCAUUCAGUUCAAAAGAAAACAAAUAUUUACUGCACUGUGUCGGCAUUCAAGAGGAAGUGUGUUUAUUGCUCUUCUCUGCUGCCAACAGAUUCUCUGAUAUGACCAGCUGCCUUAUUUCACCACCAACAGCUGUAUUUGGUUUUAUCUUGUAAAUGUGUUUGUUCUAUACAUAUAUGUUGAACAUCUAAGUAGGCUACUGGCAUUAAAUGUCAAGUUGUAUUAAAGUUAUUUUAUGAUUAGAGUUCCUGCUAGAACCUAAAAUAUAUUAAGUAUUAAAUAUGAUAUUGUAAUUUUAGUCAAAGUUUUUGCAGAUCUACUUGUGUUUGAGUUUGUUUGCUUUGUUUAAUGGGCAAUAGGGUUUUGUAAAAACCCAUGUUCAACUACCUAAUGAAAAAAAGGGUCAGUACCCAAACUGGUUUCAAAAGCGCAUGAUACUCCUAUCCCUUUCCUAUGUGUUUGUUGUGCAACAUGUAAACUGGGUCAAUGGUAGGGCUGAACCAAAUCACUUCAAGCUUUUUUCUUGAAGUUCCUUUUUUCUUUUCUUAUUUUCUUUUUGUUUGAACCUGCCUGUAACCCCCCAAGUUAAAAAGGUUAUGGAGGAAUGCUGCCUUAUUUUGACUUGAUUUCAUAUCCGAUUUUCUAUCCUCAGAUCAACAUGACGUGGUGCAUGUUCAGUGCUGUAAUAUUACUGCUGGAAUGUCAUUGAAACAUGCUGCAUUAAAUGGUAUAAUGUAAA